AUGGGUUUUAAAUCUAUAUUUUUGUUAGUUGCUGCAAUCUUUGUGUUAUUUUCACAAGUUAAUGCAACUCCCGAUUAUUGUGAUACUUUAAAAGCUGGUAAACUACCAGAUAAUGAUGUACCAUGGCGUGGUGACUCUGUGUUGGAAGACGGAAAGUUGGCCGGUGGUUAUUUCGAUGCCGGUGACCAUGUCAAGUUUGCCCUCCCAAUGGCCUAUUCUAUGACCAUGUUGGGUUGGUCAUUCUUGGAAUUCGAAACAAAGAUUGCUGGUUGUGGUUUGACCGAUCUCUACUUGGAGACCAUUAAGUUUGGUACCGAUUGGUUGAUUGCCGCCCACGAAGAAGACAACAAGUUCGCUGCUCAAGUCGGAGAUGGAAACGUCGACCACUCCUACUGGGGACCACCAGAAACAAUGAAUGUCGCCCGUCCAGUAUUUUACAUCGAUGCCGACCACCCAGGUACCGAAGUUGCUAUGGAAGCUGCCGCUGCCUUGUCCGCUGCCUCUAUCAUUUUCAAAGAUCGUGACUCUGCUUAUUCUACCACCUGUCUCGAACACGCCAAGAAACUCCAUUCGUUCGGUGACAAAUUCCGUGGAAAAUACUCUGAUUCCGUAACCAAUGCAGUUGCAUUCUACAACUCAUGGUCCGGUUACAAGGAUGACAUUGUGUGGGGUACUCUCUGGCUCUACAAAGCUACCGCCGACGAAGCACUUUUAACCAAAGCCAAAGCUGACUAUGCCGAAUUCGGAAUCGGUGGAAUGGCACAAGGAAACUCUCACGAUUGGGAUCUCAAGGCACCAGGUGCAUGUCUUUUGAUGGCCAAGAUCACCGGUGACGACAAGUACAAGACCGACAUUGAAGCCGCCCUCAACUACUGGUUACCAGGUGGUGGUAUCACUUACACUCCAGGUGGAAUGGCAUGGAUUCGUCAAUGGGGACCAGCUCGUUAUGCUGCUACCUCUGCUUUCUUGGCUGCCGUCUACGGUGGUGACAAAUACAUGGAUUUCUCAAAGAAGCAAAUCGACUAUCUCCUCGGUGAAAAUCCAAAACAACAAUCAUUCGUCAUCGGUAUUGGUCCCAACGCACCAAAGGAUGCUCAUCAUCGUGCUGCCCAUCAUUCUCUGACCAACGACAUCAACAAUCCGGUUCACAACACCUAUCUCCUCAAAGGAGCACUCGUUGGUGGUCCAGGAAAUGACGAUUCCUACGUCGAUGACCGUACCGAUUACAUCAAGAAUGAAGUUGCAUGUGAUUAUAAUGCCGGUUUCGUUGGUGUUUUAGCUGCUCAUGCUUAA